AUGGGUAAUUUUGGUGACUUUUUACCCCUUCCUUGGCCGAAAUGGAAUAUAAGUGUUGGUUAUGCCACUGAAAGGGGUGCAUUGAUUGAAGAGUACUUGGGUGAAUAUAUGUAUAAGUGGCUAGUUAGAGAGAAACUUUUGGAUAUCGGUUGUCCGGAUGAAAGUUCAGUGUUUAUUUACGCGAACACAUUACAAAGAACUCGAGAAUCAGCAAAGUCAUUUGUACGUGGGGCUUUUAAAAAUUGUAACAUCAGUGUUUUCAGUAUAGAUUCUAAAGAAAUGGACCCGCUUUUCAAUCCAGUUAUCCGAAACGAUUCUGAAGUAAUAAAGGAGCCUAUUAUUAAAGAAAUGAAAAAAAAAUUGAUGGACCUUGAUCUCAGGAGGUCGUAUUUUGAAUUGGAAGAGGUGUUGGAUAUUAAAAAUUUAGGAAAAUGCAAAUUAGAAGGCCAGUGUCGCUUUGAUGUUACAGAAAAUGAAAUAUACUAUAAGCUAGGAGAGAUGCCGCUCGUCAUUGGUCCAUUGUCACUCGCACAUUUUAUGGUUGAUUCAUUUCUCAUGAGUUACUAUGAUGGGCAUGCAAUGGAAAAUGUAGCUUGGGGAAGAAUUAAAAAUGAGGAACAAUGGAUUAUCCUCACGCAACUGAUAAGGGAAAGUGAAAAUAUUAUUUUUAAUAGUACGUUGUUGGGAAGACAACUCGCAAAACCUCUUCUUGAAUACCUAACUUCCGCAUUCGAGGAAGAGAAUCCACCAAAAUUAACUUUGCUAGAUGGACAUGAUGCAAACUUAUAUUCCGUUCUGGCAGCACUUGGUGUCAAAGAAUUUUGGUUGCCAGAGCAAUAUGAAAGUAUACCAAUAGCUGGGAAGUUGGUGUUCCAGAAAUUGUAUGAUCGUAUAGAAAAGAGGUAUUUGUUGAAAUUGGACUUUGUUUAUCUAACUGUGGAUCAGAUCAGGAGUGGUUCAAAAAUAUCGACAAAAAACCCACCUCGGUGGGUUCCAGUGAAAAUAAAAGAGUGUGCGAUUGAUUCAAACGGUUAUUGCUCUUGGGAAAAAUUCAUUAAAGUACUAAAGAAUGUUUCCGGCGAAUAA